AUGCCCGCCGGCUCGGCCUUCGGCUCGGCUAGGCCCUCCUUGGCCGCGGACGGUGCGGACGGCGUGGGCUGGCCGCACAACGUGGCGCACCCCUUCCUGAAGGCCGCGGGCAUCGACUGGUGGCGCCCCCGCACCGCCGCCCUGCCCAGCCCGCCCUACGUCAUCCCCUUGUCCUCGCCCGUGGCGCUGCAGUCGCAGGCGUGGCCGCAGACCUACCUCACGUCCCUGCGCAUGGCCAACCCCCUGCUGGUGCAGCCGCAGCAGCGAUGGGGACUCAUCGCGCAGCCCAACUACGUGUUCAACACCCUGGGGGACAGGCAGCCGCCCCACGUCCUCACCUACCAGGCAGCCAAGCCCAGGGAGCCCCAGCAAAAGAUCGUCUGCUACCUCGAGGCGUGGUCGGCCUACCGCAAGGACGUGGUGGCCUACAGCGCCAACAACGUGGACCCGUUCGCCUGCACGCACCUGCUGUACGCCUUCGCCUCCAUCGACCCGCACUCGUUCCGCGUCGUGCCGCAGGACGAGGAGUACGACCUGGUGAAGGGCGGCUACCGCGCCGCCGUCGGCCUCAAGCGCCAGAACCCUAACCUCAAGGUGAUGCUGUCCGUGGGCGGCUGGAUGGAGGGCAGCUCCAAGUUCUCGCAGAUGGCGAGCAGGGCGGACAGGCGGCGGGAGUUCAUCCGGUCCGUGGUGCGCACCCUGGACGAGCACAAGUUCGACGGCCUGGACCUGGACUGGGAGUACCCGGGCGCGCUGGACCUGGGCGGGCUGUCGUCCGACCGGGACCACUUCUCGCUCCUCGUGGACGAGCUGUCCGAGGUGUUCCGACCGCGCGGCUGGCUGCUGUCCGCCGCCGUGUCGCCGUCCAGGUUCCGCAUGGAGGACGCCUACGACGUGCCCCGCAUCGCCGCCAGCCUGGACUUCAUCAACCUCAUGGCCUUCGACCUGCACGCCGAGCGGGACAGCGCCGCGGACCACCACGCGCCCCUGCACCAGCGGCCGCACGACGCCAGCAUCGACAUCUUCUACAACGUGGACUACGCCGUCAAGUACUGGAUGAAGCGCGGCGCCCCCAACGACAAGCUGGUCGUGGGCGUGCCCUUCUACGGCCGCUCUUUCACGCUCAAGGACCCGGCGCGCCACACGCCAGGCUCGCCCAUCAAGGGCCUGGGCAAGGAGGGCCGCUACACGCAGGAGAAGGGCUUCCUCUCGUACUUCGAGAUCUGCGAGCUGCAGGCGGAGGGCGGCUGGAGGCAGGCCGUGGACCGCGCCGGCAGCCCCUUCAUGGUCAAGGGCGACCAGUGGGUCGGCUACGAGGACGCCGUCAGCAUCGCCAACAAGGUGUCGUACAUCCUGAAGCAGAAGCUGGGCGGCGUCAUGAUCUGGGCCGUGGACCUGGACGACUUCAACGGCAUCUGCGGCGCCAAGACGCCGCUGCUCAACGCGGUGCGCAACAACAUCGACGGCGCCGGCCCCGUGUACACGCCGUCCGCGGUGGGAGCGCCGGCCAAACCCUCCGGCUCCCUCGUCACAGGUAAGCCCAACGACCACCCUGAACCCGCCCCCGCCCCGCCCGGACCCACGGAGCCAUCCGAGGCCGCCCCCGACGCCCCCACCCCCACCCCCGCCCCGACAGCAGCCUCGCCGGGUCUGGCCGUCAAGGUGGACCGCGACGCCAUCAACUGCACGGGCACGGGCUUUGCGAGGGACGCCGUCGAUUGCAACGUGUACCACCGCUGCGACUGGGGCACCAGGACCACGUACGUGUGUCCGGAGCCGCUGCACUUCAACCUGGCCGCCAGCCAGUGCGACUGGCCUGACCGGGCGGGCUGCCCCUCAGCCGGCAGCACGCCCGACGGCACCAAGGCGUACGCCGAGCUCAACGAGGAGGUGGCGCAUGUGUGCGCGCUGCGCGACGGCGUGGUGGCCGACCAGGUGGACUCCAACCGCUACUACUGGUGCCAGGGCGGGCGCGCGCACCGCCUCCGCUGCCAGCGCGGCCAGCACUUCGACGCCGUCACCGGCCUCUGCCAGUACGGCGUGCCGCAGAGCAGCGCCGUGGCCACCAGGGACCUUGUGGGAGAGGACAACUUCAAGGUGGCGUGCUACUUCACGAGCUGGGCGUCGUACCGCAAGAAGGAGGGCAAGUUCGUGCCAGAGCACUUGGACCCCCGCCUCUGCACGCACAUCAUCUACGCGUUCGCCUCGCUGGACCCCGAGACCCUGACCCUGCAGCCCUUCGACACGUGGGCCGACAUCGAGAGCAACUUCUACGACCGCGUGACGGCGCUGCCGGACCCGCGCAAGGGCCGCGCGGACCAGCUCAAGGUGAUGCUCUCCAUGGGCGGCUGGACGGACUCCACGGGCUCCAAGUACUCGGACUUGGUGUCCAAGCCGUCGGCGCGCGCCGAGUUCGUGACCGAGGCCGUCUCCUUCCUGCGUCGCCACAACUUCCGCGGCCUGCAGAUUGACUGGAACUACCCCAAGUGCUGGCACUCCGACUGCCGCAAGGGCCCCGCCUCCGACAAGCCCAACUUCACCAAACUCAUGCAGGAGCUGUACGCGGCCUUCAGCAAGGAGAGCCCGCCGCUGACCCUGGCCGUCGGCCUGUCCGGCUACAAGGAGAUCAUCGACAACGCGUACGAGCUGGCCGAGCUGAGCAAGGUGGUGGAGUACAUGACCGUCAUGUCGUACGACUACCACGGCAACUGGGAGGCCAAGCUGGGCCACGUGAGCCCGCUGUACUUCCGCGACGGCGACCGCAACCCCUACUACAACACGAACGCGACGCUGGAGUACCUGGUGAGCCGCGGCGCGGACCGCAGGAAGCUGCUCCCCGGCGUGCCGUUCUACGGCCAGUCCUUCACGCUCAAGGACAAGGACAUGGCGGACCUGGGCGACCCCGCCGACGGCCCGGGAGAGGCUGGCGAGUUCACGCAGCAGCCAGGCAUGCUGGCGUACUACGAGAUCUGCGAUCGAGUUCGGAGGAAGACGUGGAGGGUGGGCAAGGACAGCCGCGGCGCCACCGGUCCCUUCGCGUACUCCGACACGCAGUGGGUGAGCUUCGAGGACGUCUCCUCCGUCAAGGCCAAGGCGCGCUUCGUCAAGAACAUGGGCUUCGGCGGCGCCGUGGCCUGGACCGUGGACCUGGACGACUUCAGCAACCGCUGCUGCCUGGAGCCGUUCCCGCUGCUGCGCGCGCUGAACCGCGUGCUGGGCCGCCUCGCCGAGGACGAGCCCGCGGAGGGCGACUGCACGCGCCCGCCCACGCCCGUCACGCCCGCGCCCCCCGUCAUGACCACGGGCGUGGACGCGGGCGAGGCCGCCGGCGGAGCCUCGUCCACGACGUGGCCCAGCUGGCAGGAGGGCGACCCCUCCACCACGGACUCCACCACGACCUCCACCACGUCCUGGCCGAGCUGGCAGCCGGACACCACCACGUCCACGCCCGCGCCCUGGGAGGCGACGUCCACCACCGCCGCGACCACCACGACGACGGAGCUGCCGUCCUCCACCAUCGCGUCGCCGCAGCCGCCGACGCCCGCCCCGACCUCCACGGUGGAGCCCGAGGCGUGCAACAGCGGGGACUACCUGCCGGACCCCAGCAACUGCAACGCGUACUACCGCUGCACGCUGGGCGAGCUCAAGAAGCAGUACUGCGCGGCGGGGCUGCACUGGAACAAGGAGGCCAAGGUGUGCGACUGGCCCACCGAGGAGAGCUGCCCGUCCCAGUCCGCCGAUGCGACCACGGCCUCUACCAGCCCCACGUCGAUGAGCACAAGCACGACGACGACGACCUCCGCCCCGUCAACGACGCCCAUCGUGUGGUGGUCGCCGGAGUCCACGACGUCCACCACCACGCCCUCCACCACCACCAACGAGUGGUGGACGCACUCCACCUCGGAGCGGCCCGACGAGUGGUGGACGCCGAGCACCACCAGCACCAGCACAGUGGCUCCGUCGUCAACCUCUCAAGCGACUUCCGAGGACAACGCGUCGGAGCCGUCGACGGCCGCCCCCGGCGACUGCAACAACGGCCAGUACUACGCCAACCCCUCGACGUGCGAGAAGUUCUUCAUCUGCGUCAACGGGCAGCGAGUGGAGCAGCACUGCGCGUCGGGGCUGGUGUGGAACCAGGACACCAACAUGUGCGACUGGCGCUUCAACGUCAAGUGUGGGGAUGACGAGCGCGACGACCUUCGCGGCGGCGAGUCGGAGUGCAUGAUGGGGGAGUUCCGCAGCGACACGGACUGCAGGAAGUACUACAUGUGCGUCCACGGCGAGCUGGUCGCCUUCAACUGCGCGCCCGGCCUCCAGUGGAACAAGAAAAAGAACAUCUGCGACUGGCCGACGGACUCGGACUGCAAGGACGUGAUGCCCGAGGAGAAGCCCCCCAGCAACCUGAACGAGGAGCGCCCCGUGGAGGCCGCCAAGCCGGACGAGAAGCCUGACGUGGGGGAGACGUUCCCCGACCCCGACAGCUCCAACGAGGCCGGCACCGAGGUGGUGGGGGAGACGGACGGCUCCGAGUGGGCCACCUGGAAGCCCACCACGACCACCAAGAACCCCUGGGCGUGGGAGCCCACCAUCGUCACCCCGGCCCCCGUGGUCGACAACGACCCCCUGCCGGAGCUCUCGGGCUACUACAAGAUCGUGUGCUACUUCACCAACUGGGCGUGGUACCGCACCGGGCAGGGCAAGUACCUUCCCGAGGACAUCAACGCCAACCUGUGCACGCACAUCGUGUACGGCUUCGCCGUGCUGGACUACGAGAGCCUCGUCAUCAAGGCGCACGACUCCUGGGCGGACUUCGACAACAAGUUCUACGAGCGCGUCCUGGAGCUCAAGAAGAGGGGCAAGAAGGUGACGCUGGCCAUCGGCGGCUGGAACGACUCGGCGGGCGACAAGUACAGCCGCCUGGUGAACAGCCCGGCGGCGCGGCGACGCUUCAUCAGGCACCUGCUGGACUUCCUGGACCGCUACGGCUUCGACGGCCUGGACCUGGACUGGGAGUACCCCAAGUGCUGGCAGGUCAACUGCGACAAGGGCCCCGACUCGGACAAGAAGGCCUUCGGCGAGUUCGUGCGCGAGAUCCGCAAGGCCUUCGACGUCCAGAAGCGCAAGCUGCUGCUGUCGGCCGCCGUGUCGCCCAGCAAGACGGUCAUCGACGCAGGAUACGACGUGGCCGCGCUGGCCGACUCCCUGGACUGGGUGGCCGUGAUGACCUACGACUACCACGGCCAGUGGGACAAGAAGACAGGCCACGUGGCGCCCAUGUACUUCCACCCCGACGACGACUUCUACUUCUUCAACUCCAACUACACCAUCAACUACUGGAUCCAGGAGGGCGUGCCGCGCCGCAAGGUGGUGAUGGGCAUGCCGCUGUACGGCCAGUCCUUCCAGCUGGCCGAGGCCUCCACCAACGGCCUCAACGCCAAGGCCCCGGGCCCCGGCACCGCCGGCGAGUACACCCGCGCCGCGGGCUUCCUCGCGUACUACGAGAUUUGCGACCGAGUCAAGAACCGUGGGUGGACCGUGGUGCAGGACCCGCAGAAGCGCAUGGGCCCCUACGCCUUCCUCGGCAACCAGUGGGUCAGCUACGACGACGUGGACAUGAUCCGGCUGAAGUCCCAGUACAUCCGCGACAUGGACCUGGGCGGCGGCAUGAUCUGGGCGCUGGACCUGGAUGACUUCCGCAACUCGUGCGGCGAGGGCCGCCACCCGCUGCUCAAGACGAUCCGCAGCGUGCUGGGCCCCGCCAAGGGCGCCGCCGGCGUGGAGCACUACAUCGACGCCAGCACCGCCAAGCCCGAGACGCCCGGCAUGGAGAAGCCGGAGGCACCUUUGAAGCCCGAGGUCAGCCCCGUGGUGGCCGAGCCCGACUCGUCCACGGCCAAGCCCGACUCGUCCACGGCCAAGCCCGACGCCACCACCGCCAAGCCCGACAAGGAGCAGCACAAGAAGCCCGACGAGGGCGAACACCCCGUGGGCAGGCCGGGCGACUUCAAGGUGGUGUGCUACUUCACCAACUGGGCGUGGUACCGGCAGGACCUCGGCAAGUACCUGCCCAGCGACAUCGACCCCGACCUCUGCACGCACAUCGUGUACGGCUUCGCCGUGCUGGACGGCGAGACGCUCACCAUGAAGCCGCACGACUCGUGGGCCGACAUCGACAACAACUUCUACGAGAAGGUGACCGCGCUCAAGAAGAAGGGCGCCAAGGUGACGGUGGCCAUCGGCGGCUGGAACGACUCCGCGGGCGACAAGUACAGCAGGCUGGUGCACAGCUCGUCGGCGCGCGAGCGCUUCGUCAAGGACGUCGUGGAGUUCAUCAAGAAGUGGAACUUUGACGGGCUGGACCUCGACUGGGAGUACCCCAAGUGCUGGCAGGUCAACUGCAAGCUGGGCCCCGACUCGGACAAGGAGAACUUCGCGGCCCUCGUGAGGGAGCUGCGCGCCGCCUUCAACCCCGACGGACUGCUGCUGUCCGCCGCCGUGUCCCCCAACAAGGCGGUCAUCGACGCGGGCUACGACGUGCCCGCCCUGUCACGCGACCUGGACUGGAUCGCCGUCAUGGCCUACGACUACCACGGCCAGUGGGACAAGAAGACUGGCCACGUGGCGCCCAUGUUCGUGCACUCGAGCGACUCGGACGCCACCUUCAACACGAACUUCACCAUCGACUACUGGCUGUCGCAAGGCGCGGACAAGAAGAAGCUGGUGCUGGGCAUGCCGCUGUACGGGCAGUCCUUCAGCCUGGCGGACAACAGCAACCACGGCCUCAACGCGCCCACGUACGGCGGUGGCGAGGCCGGCGACUUCACCCGCGCCAGGGGCUUCCUGUCGUACUACGAGAUCUGCUACCGGGUGCAGCGCAAGGGCUGGACCGUGGUGCGCGACCCCACCGGCGCCAUGGGGCCGUACGCGUACAAGGGCGACCAGUGGGUGUCCUUCGACGACAUCGACAUGAUCCGCUUCAAGUCGGAGUGGGCGCGCGACAUGGGGCUGGGCGGCGGCAUGAUCUGGGCCCUGGACCUGGACGACUUCACCAACCGCUGCCACUGCGAGGCGUACCCGCUGCUCAGGACCAUCAACCGCGUGCUGCGCGGCUACAGCAAGGCCGACCCCAAGUGCUCGCUGGAGAAGGAGAACAAGGACCACGACGGCGACGACAGCAACGUCGUGGAGAGCGUCGGGGAGGCCGACCUGGCCGGCAACACCGAGUCGGUAAGCGUGGACACGGCGGGCGAGAGCGCGGGCAUGGAGUGCGACGCGCAGAGCGCGGCCUUCAAGCCGCACGAGACGGACUGCAACAAGUACUACACGUGCCAGCACGGCUCGCUGCUGCUGCUGUCCUGCCCCGUGGGCCUGCACUGGAACGGCGGCCUCUGCGACUGGCCCGAGAACGCCAAGUGCAAGGUCAGCAACGGGCCGGACAACAUCCCCACCACCACCACGGAGGCGCCCAUGGACGCCGUCACGCAGCCCGCCGUCAACCCCGUCAACCCCGACGACGUGGCUGUGCCGCCGCCCUCGGAGGUGCAGAAGCCCGCCGGCAACGACGAGUACAAGGUGGUGUGCUACUUCACCAACUGGGCGUGGUACAGGCAGGGCGUGGGCAAGUACACGCCCGACGACAUCGACGGCGACCUCUGCACGCACAUCACGUACGGCUUCGCCGUGCUGGACGGCCCCACGCUCACCAUCAAGCCGCACGACUCGUGGGCCGACAUCGACAACGACUUCUACCAGAAGGUGGUGGCGUACAAGAAGAAGGGCAUCAAGGUGCUGAUCGCCAUCGGCGGCUGGAACGACUCCCUGGGCGACAAGUACAGCCGGCUGGUGAACGACCCCGAGGCCAGGCGCCGCUUCGUGAGCAGCGUCGUGCAGUUCAUCGAGAAGUACAACUUCGACGGGCUGGACCUCGACUGGGAGUACCCCAAGUGCUGGCAGGUCAACUGCAACCUGGGCCCCGAGUCCGACAAGGAGGGCUUCGCGGCUCUCGUCACGGAGCUGAGCCUCAAGUUCAAGCCCAGGGGCUGGCUGCUCUCCUCCGCGGUGUCGCCCAGCAAGCUGGUCAUCGACGAAGGCUACGACGUGCCCACACUGUCGCGCCACUUCGACUGGAUCGCCGUCAUGACCUACGACUUCCACGGCCACUGGGACAAGCAGACCGGGCACGUGGCGCCGCUGUACUACGUGCCGGGCGACACCUUCGACUACUUCAACGCGAACUUCACCAUGCACUACUGGAUGCAGAAGGGCGCGGACCCCAAGAAGCUGGUGAUGGGUAUGCCGAUGUACGGGCAGUCCUUCGCCCUGGCCGACACCGACCAGCGCGGCCUGAACGCCAAGGCCUACGGCCCCGGCGAGGCGGGAGAGUUCACGCGCGCCGGUGGCUUCCUCGCGUACUACGAGAUCUGCGACGACGUGAAGCGCAAGGACUGGAAGGUGGUGCGGGACCCCGAGGGCCGCAUCGGCCCGUACGCCUACAAGGGCAACCAGUGGGUCAGCUACGACGACGUGGAGGACAUCCGGCGGAAGUCCAAGUUCGUGAAGGAGCUGGGCCUGGGCGGCGGCAUGAUCUGGGCGCUGGAUCUGGACGACUUCAGCAACCGCUGCGGCUGCGGCCACCACCCGCUGCUCAAGACCAUCAACCAGGAGCUGCGGGGGCUGCCCUACAGCACCGUCAACUGCACCUGA